AUUGUAAAUUUCUGAGUAUGACUUUUCAAGCUCCGAUUCACAUGGAAGCAUUUGCCAAAUAGUUUUACUGUGAUGGUCCUCUCAGAUUCAAACUUGUUCAACCCCAUUUCUGACUCCUUGGGUAUAUUACAUCUCUAGGUACGACCUCUUUCUGUGAAGGAAUUUGCUUUAGUUUGUGCAAUCUGGUAUGCUUACUGCCUUACUGGUGCCAAAGAAUAGUUGGAUUCCUGAGGAAUUUAUGGAUUGCAAUAAAAGUGAGGCAGUCAGGGCUAAGGAACUUGCCGAGAGGAAGCUCCUAGAAAGAAAUUAUGCUAGUGCAAAGAAGAUUGCUUUGAAGGCUCAAAAGUUGUAUCCUGAGCUUGAGGGUCUCUCUCAACUGUUGACAAUAAUAGAUAUUUAUAUCUGUGGAGAAAACAAAACUAUUGGAGAUGCGGAUUGGUAUGGAAUACUUGGUGUGAUUCCUUAUGCCAAGUAUGCACUCAUUAGGAAACAGUAUAUAAAGUUGGCUCUCAGGCUUCAUCCUGAUAAAAACAAGUCUCCUGGUGCAGAAGGCGCAUUUAAGCUGGUGUCUGAGGCGUGGAACUUGUUAUCGGAUAAGGCUAAGAGAGAAGAAUACGAGAGACUAACAUAUUACCACAAUAGGAACUUGGAAGAAUCUCGUCGGGGAACUCCAUCCCAUUCUGGGGGUCUUUCAGAACAACCUGGUGCAAAUGCCUUUCAAAAUGUUACAAGUAGUGUUACUACACAUGCUACGGCGCUGCAUGGUCCCAUGCACUCAUAUGGAACACCUACUACUUUCUGGACGAUUUGCAAUCUGUGCAGGACAUAUUACCAGUAUCUCAGGAUGUAUCUAAAUCAAAUUCUCAUGUGCUCUACAUGUCAGAAGGGGUUCAGUGCUAUAGAAACAGCUGCACCUCCCGGUGUUUCCGAGUCAUCUAGUAGUUCUUCUUGCCAGGAACAUCACACUACAAGACGCCACGGUGCUGCUAGUGGUAGACCUUUUAAUUCUGGAAGAAACAAUGCUGUAGCUCGAAAUUUGGGAAAUAAGGGGUCUUUCGCUUCUAAAUCGGUGAAUAAGGCAACCUUCCAACAGAGCUCUUUCUCCAAAAUGACUAGUCGCGGUAGCACUGUUGCAUCAGGUUGUGCUGCAGCUGUGAGUGUGGCUCAGCAGGCAAAUGAGAAAGCGAAGAGACAGCGAGAGGAGAGACAGUCAAUCGCUGAAUGGGAGAGGAAUCAAAAGUUAAUGGGGAAUUCUUCAUUCAAAAAGAAAAGAAUUGAAGAUAAACAUCUUAAUGGUUGUGAAGGAUACAUGGCUAAUAAUAUCGCCAUAGGAAAUGCUGGAGCUGACUUAGGAGUAUCUGAAUCAGGUACAGGUAAUGUUGGCACAAAAAGAAUUUAUGGUUUCUCUAGCAUAGAUAAUAUACCUAACAGCAAGAGAGAGUUAUCCUAUCAUGAAAUGCAAAAUAUGCUGAUGAAGAAAGCACGAACUGAUAUUUCCAAGGUUCUGAAGGAGCAGAGCUCAGCUACUGCAUCAAAGAAACAAGAGGAGGUGAAAGUAGAUAAGAAACAGAAGAAUGUAGUAUAUGCUGGGACAGAGGAAAACGGUGAUAAUGGCGACGAUGCCAGGUCGUCAAUCUUAACUAAUGUUCCUGAUCCUGAUUUUCAUAAUUUUGAUUUGGAUCGAACUGAAAGUUCGUUUCUAGCAGAACAAGUCUGGGCCACAUAUGAUGGUGAUGGGAUGCCUCGUUAUUAUGCUCGUAUUCAGAAUGUGAUCUCCAGGAAGCCAUUUAAACUGUGCAUCAGCUGGCUUAAUUCAAGAAGCAACUCUGAAUUGGGUUCAUUGGACUGGAUAGGAUCUGGUUUCGCUAAAACCUGCGGAGAUUUUAGGCCUGGUAAACGUCAAACAUCCAAAACUUUAAAUUCUUUCUGCAAGAAGGUUAGUUGGAAAAAAGUUGCACAUGGAAUGAUUCGCAUAUUUCCUGGAAAGAUGGAUGUCUGGGCUCUAUAUAGAAAUUGGUCCCCUGAUUGGAAUCAGCAUACCCCCAGUGAAGUAAUUAACAAAUAUGAGAUGGUGGAAGUGCUGGAAGACUUUACUGAGGAACACGGUGUGUCUGUUCUUCCACUAAUCAAGGUUGCUGGUUUCAGAACAGUGUUCCAAAAGUGCAUGGACCCUAAAGCAGUUAGGAGAAUUCCUAAAGAAGAGAUGUUUCGGUUCUCGCACAUUGUCCCCAGUCAAUUGCUUACAGGUGCAGAAGCUCAUAAUGCUCCAAAAGGUUGCUUCGAAUUGGAUCCAGCAGCUAUUCCUUUGCACCUCCUCAAGGGGAUAACAGAAGAUAAUCAGGCAGCAAUGGCAGAGAAUGUUGGCAAAACAAAGGAAGAGGUGUUUCAAAGUGCCUCGACUAGAGAGGUAGAUGCAGGAAUGGAAGAAAGGGAGAUUUCAGAAAGCGGAGGACAACCAAUGGGGGUAGGCAAUAGUGCAUACCUAGUUGGCCAAGGAAACUGAUGAUACAUGCACAACAGAAGUUUUUUGCAGUUAUCUGGCAGGUGGGUUAUACCAUUUUGGUGUUUUGGUAUGCUAAGCCUUCAUGCUUAUGCCAAUCCUUUUGCAAAUGAACAUGCUGCUUCUUUUGCGCCGCAAUUGUUUAGCAGUUAGCUGGCAGGUGGAUUAUACCAUUUUGUCGUUUUGGGAAUGCUCAACUUUUGUAUGAGAAAUUGAGAACUGAAGAUGAACAUUUUUGUAAGCAUGUGGCUUGGAAAAUGAAGAUUCACCGUCUUUGGCAGCUUUCUGCGUUAUUA